GUUCUAACGUUGAUGGUGAUGUAUCUAAUUGUGUCGAACUACUUAAUUAACAUCUAAAAAGUAAAGAAACCUACUUGGUGGUCGGCGAGGUUACAUUGUCUAACAACCGAAAUUUGGGAUAUUGUACGUGGCUAUUUACAGCCUGCAUCUCGGCCACAUCUAUGUCAACGGAAUUGUUAAGAAACCCUUCUUUCCGCUUCAAUGCACCUCUACGAAAUGUUAGUAAGAUUAUUGUACUGACCUCCUUGGCUUCUCAUUGUUCAGUGACAAGGUGUUUUCAUCCGUUGAACUAUUUAUACGGUAAGCAUCCAGUUUUUUAAAAGGAAACUAGCAUGUCCUUUGAAGACUGGAGACUAUCUAUAGUAAAUGAUAGUUUCUAUGUUUGUUACUCACCUCAUUCGUGAAUGACGUUACAUUCCAGAAAUGACCAAUUGUCAUCUGGUUGGUCACAGUUUUUUAGGUGGAUAUCGACAAACUCUGUUGCAUAGAGACAAAGUUCUUUGUCAACAAUCCACAGCUUGGCUGCUAUCAUAAGUUGUUUCUUGCUUGGUACGUCUACAAUGACUUAUUGUUUGUUAGUUGGCUAAAUAUUACAUAAGAGGUAAUGAAAUGGUUUAUGGUCAUGACUUCAGCACAAAUGAAAGAAAAUACAUUCACAUAAAAGUAUGUAACAAUAGAACAAUAACUAAAUAAUGGAUACAGAUAAUGGCAACACAUUUGCGGUCAAUAUCCCUAACUGAUACCCAUAUGUGUUCAUGACUAGCUACUAAGUACAUAAAUAUUCCUGUAUUACUAGAAGGGAUGGGAUCUUCGAAGUAAUUGCGUGGGUCUGUGAAAGGCCUAAAUUUCACUAGUCCAUUCUCCCCUAUAUUAGUAACUAAACCAGGCUUUCCAUGUACUACUACUACUACUACUACUACUACUACUACUACUACUACUACUACUACUACUACUACUACUACUACUACUACUACUACUACUACUACUACUACUACUACUACUACAUUAUCUGGCUUAAAUGAAGUUAUUCUACUAUUCUUACACAUAAUGACUUGUUUAUGUGAGUCCUCCUUAUCGGUUAUUGGGGUAGUAUUGGUCGAAGUGCUCACUUGAAGCCUAUCCCAGAAAUACAUUUUCUCUGCAUAACGCUGAGCUGCUUGCUUUGCAACGACAUACCCACUUUGCACUGAAUUCUAAAUUUGUCUCAUAUAAGACACGAAUGGCAAUUCUGAAAAACUAUCUAAAGGUCCAUGUGCACGAACAUUAUCAGGAAGGUGCUGUAACAAAUGCACAUUAUAAAUUAAGUUUUCAGACCCAUAAAACCAUUCAUAUUCUUUAAGAAAACUCCCUUAAUCCAUUCUGACAUUCUACAACGCUAUUAUGUAAUUUAGGAUGUGCAAGCAAAUAAACCGGUAACGCUAAACGCUUGAAAUUAAGAUACAAAGGUUUCGGCAAAGUUUUUUGCAGAAUUACGGGGCCUAAAUAUAAAAGAAACAACCUACACUCCGAAGCUUUCCAUACGGAUACGAAGUCUAGUUUACGGCAUCUAUUCUGAAAGUCGGAGGGAGUACUUGCCACGCAACUAAAUAUUAAAUUAUUUAUAUCCCUAAUUACACAUGAGUUCAUGUUUAAUAGUCUUUUGUGUGCAAAUUCUAUCCAUAGAUUGGCUGAUUUUUUGUGACACCUAAGUACACCAUGUGCAUGGGAUCUAAUGAGAAAGUUGAGAUUAUAUUAAUUGGAAGCGUUUCUAAAAUGGAAUGGCCUUGACGGUGAAUAGAUUGGGUCUGACGACAAAAGCUAUCGUCAGUUCGUAACAUAUAUCCGCCAUUUGGAGAAGCCAUCUUCCCGUCAAGCCGUCUACCAACUACAAUACACCUGUCGCAACCUGCCUUUCCACUGUGAUUAACCGUGUAUCUAACAUCAGAACGAGCAGGUGCAUCACAUAUUACAGCAGACAACUUAACAGCUAUGUAUUUAUUGAACUUAACACUAAGCAGACCCACGUCAGUCAUUUCUUUUAUUUCAGAAAUGGUGUCCGCAGAAAUUUCGUUGAAUUCUGCUGGCUUAGUAUUCCCUCCGUAGAUUCCUAUCAUGAACACGUCACUAUACCUUGAGGCAACGAUCCGUCCUAAUACAGGCCAUAAAUGUUGACUAGAGCUCCUUGAGAUAGAAAGUCAAUCUAUAUCAAUAUACAAUUCUAAACAGACUGUUUUUCAAUCCGAUAUCGUAGUAAACCCCACUGCUGAUGAACUUUGGUUGGACACUUGUGCACGUUUUCAGAACACUUCUAAUGCAGCCCGAGUUUAAAGUAAAUAAACAGUCAUUAUGAGGUGGAUCCCUCUAGAAGCUAAUCCUCAGGUCCUGAAUGAAGUACACACUAUUUUAAAGAUACAUUAAAUUUCUAACGUUAUAGUAUAUGAGUAAACUUGGAGUUGUCGAAGAGUCAUGGAAGUUUAUAGACAUUUUUAGUUUGGAUGAUGAUAUGCUUGCAUUUGUACCAGAACCCGUGAUAAGCCUAUUAUUUUUAUAUCCUCUUGAAACUUCCAUUGAAAAUGCUUCAUUAGGUGUUAAGGAUAACUCAUCCAAUGUUGUUUUGAUCAAACAAACGGUCGGUAAUGCUUGUGGAACUAUAGCUAUAUUACAUGCCAUAGUAAAUAAUAAACAACAUUUAAGCAUCAAAGAUGGUUCCUUUUUGAGCAAUAUUUUAAAGGAAUUCGAAAAUAAGACACCUGCUGAACGUGGAGUUAUCGUGGAGAGUAAAAAAGAAAUCUCCGCGUUGCAUGAGAAGUCAGCACUAGAAGGUCAAACAGAAGCACCAAACGCUGAGUCAAAAACUAAUUUGCACUUUGUAUGUUUUGUUGAGCAUGACGGAUCUCUAUAUGAACUUGAUGGUCGAAAAAAUGCACCCGUUCUCCAUGGAUCGAUAACAACAGCUGGUUUUCUGAAAGAUGCAUGCAAUGUAGUCAAAAAGUUCAUCACUUGUUUACCUGGAAGUGUAGAAUUCAGUUUGAUGGGAUUAUGUUCCGAUAAUAACUGACUACAAUAAUGAAUUUUUCUGUGUUUUUUGCACUAUAUCUCCGUUUCAACUACUUGUAACACAUCACUUAACUGCAUUUUCUGGUAUACAUUGCUAUUUGAUUUUUGUACGAUUUCUAUAAUUAAAAAACAAAUCAGUCAUACAUUAUUAAUGUUUCUUAUACAACUGUUCAAUGAAAUGUUUUGUGUAAUUGAAAUAAUGAAACAAAAAACAAUGAAGUAUGAUAGUAGAAUUACGUAAAUUCCAUUAGUUGUAAACUUAAGGCAUAAGUUUAACAAAAUACAAAUAAAAAUAACCAUAAAUGGAGAUGGGAUACGUGUCCGUGAAUUUCUAAAGCGCCCGUUUUUGUCCUAUUUGUAUGCAUUAUCAGGCAUUUUCCUCUCACUUAAUGUGUUAAUGCUAGAUGCAGGAGUAUAAUUUUCACUAAGAAUUUCAGGUUCCAACUUUCACUUUGUUUACUUUUUUCAUCCGAUAAUUUGGGCUACGAUAGAGUGACAUAGCUUCAGAGGAUUGAAAUGAAAUCCGCUGUAAGAAUUAUGGCUGCAUGUGCAACACAUACAUGAAAUGAACAAGAACACACUAGAUAUCGUACUUUUAUAGAACAAGAAGUGGAUACCCGACGUCCAAUGUACGUUGGUGAAUACUGAAUGUCUCCCUUGUGGGAUUGGGAAACCCUGAAUUCCAACUAGUUGUGCACAUGUAAUCAUGAGUGGACAAAUAAACUUAUCACUGAUUUCAAUCGAACUGCUUCUGACAUUGGGACAACUUUGUGGAUUCGAUCUUGAAAUCAAAGGCUUGGGGUGAUCCUAAGGAAACCACCUGUUCUGGUUUAGGCGUCCAGAGUCUAUCACUUACCACAAAAAUAAUGAUAGCGAAGGGGAAAGUGAACUGCUCGUUGUUGACCCAGACACUGGUCUGCCUUUUCUUAAUCGUUAGCUCAGUAAAAAUCCAAUAAUCGAAAUCCUGGUUUACUCUUCUAGUUCCAGAUGCUAUUCCAGCUAUUGUCGUAUUACUUUCCUUAACCAGUGAGAUGUCUAGGCUAGUAUGAAUAACUUUGAUCACAAAAUAAUCCUGGUCUUCAUUGUUUCACCAAUGUGGAUGUAUGCGUUUCUUCUAGCCCAGUCUUCAGUCCAAUAAUAGAACUUAGUAAAGUAACUUAUGUAAACUAAUUCAUACAGUAAUAUACAUUAAUUUUCUGAUCACUCAUCAGCACGAGUAGGAAAUUUCAAUAUAGGCAUAAAUACGCAAAAAGUAGAAGUGAUGGGAGGUAAAUUAUGAAUGGCCAAUUAACUGAAAUUAAGGAAUGGUAAAAAAGUACAGUAAUGAUUUAUGGGUCCACUGGAAGCUUACACUAAAGAGAAUAUAAUAAUAUAGUGAUACAUUUAUCGGUUUGGGCACCCGGGCAGUAUCACAGCCC